CUCGCCGCCGCUUCUUCUUUCUUUCGCGCCAAUCAAACUUCCUGGGAAGCUGGAGUGAUGAUGAGGAAGGCCGGAGAUGGAUCUCAUCUUCGUCAUCAUUAUCAGGGAGGAGAGAUGAGACUCUCAUCAUCGCCGCACGUGUGAAUUGAAGUUGAACCGGGUUUCUCCUGCGUUGGGAAUGUUCCUGAAUGAGCCGUGUGCACGAGGACGAUGGAAGCCGGCGACACUUUCUCAAUCCCGAUAAAAGGCUUUCCAUCCUGAACGCCACCUGGAUCCGAUUCGGAUCGACAACAGGUUAGCAGAGCGUGCACCGACUCCGGCAUCAAACCUCACAUCAGCGGACCCACUUGGCCUGCUCUUACGCCACAUGUCAAGCAAAGCAAGGGACAAUCCAAACCGCUCCCCAUCUAUACGUGCCUCCACACAUUUUGGAUCAUCUCCUGUAAUUAUCCUUUUUUUUUUUGCCACUGAGCGACAGAUCUUCUUACUCCAACACAAUAACUUCACACGUCCUCAAACAAAAGUCAUAUUCAUUCCAGCUCCCGCUUCAAAUGGCACAUUUUGGGAAGCCGAGCGCGCCACGUCGGCACCGGCAUAGGCGGGGAGCCAUUUCCUCUGUUUGUGCUUACUCCUAAUUUUCACUUAAAAGCCUCCCUCAUUAUCACCCCCGCUUGCCAACCAUCACACUUCCAGCCUGCGCCAGCAGCACACGCACCAAUCACAUCACUUUAUAACAAUAAUACGCUGCUGUUUAGAUAUGCUUCCCCUUCUACCAUGUUUAUGAUUAUGUGGACGAGUGCCUGCUUCGAGUGUUCCCUUUGAGGAACAUUUGACACAAAAAAGUGCCGCCAUCAGCCCAGGAAUGUAAAAGGACCCCCUCGUCCCCCUCAUCCGCCUUAGCGAUCACAACCGUGCAGAAAAGCGUCGAAGAAACAUUUUGCUGCAUGCUCUGCGUGGGAAAAUGUAGUGCCAUCUGGUGGACAUAAAAAAAUAGCAUUUCCACGCUGAAGACGUUGUGAGUCAUCUAGAUGUGCGUUACGCUCCUUGAAAGCCAUAAGAUCUUUUUCUGAUUGCACAAAAGACGGUGAAGACCCGUCACCACAUUGAAACAACAACGACACUCCGCUUCUUAGGCAUGUCAAAAUGAUGCCCGUCGCCAAUCUCCGAAUCCUUGCCCUCCUCUCCCUCCUCACCACCGCCACCGCUCAGGACACCACCUUGGCCCCUCACCCCAGCCCCCGUCUGGCCUCCCUCAGGAGCAGGCCCAAAACCCCUCAGAGAGUCCCCGAGGGCGUCCUGGAGGCGCCGCCCAAACCGGCGGCCCAAGUCAUGUUCCCCAAGAAUGUGACUUCCGCUGAAGCGCUGGCGCCCCCACUGGGCGCGGCCCAGGUGGCCCCGCGUCUCAUGGACGUGUGGGUGGACGUGUGUCUGGGUUACUACGACGUGAUGGGCCAGUUCGACAGCGCCUUCAACUGCUCCAAGGACACCUUCAUCUACUGCUGCGGGACGUGCCAUUACCGCUUCUGCUGCCCCGACCGGAGCCGCCAGCUGGACCAGGACAGCUGCAAUAACUACAACUCCCCCGACUGGGCCAAAACUGAGUCCAACGCUUUGGUGAUAGAAGAGGAGCUGGGCCCCGACCCGGACGUGGACCCCCUGAGGCAGCAGAGCCACAACACGGGCUUUGUGAUCGGAGGAGUGGUGGUCUUCAUGGUGGCCGUGGCGGUGGCCAUCAAGGUGGUCUUCAACAAGGUGCAACAGGAGGCCCACCAACGUGACCUCAACAUGCCCAGAGCCCUUGUGGACAUGUUGCGACACCAGUCCAGUCCGGUCCAGCAGGACGAGAGGAACAAUAGCGUGGCUCUGGCCGUGGGGGACGGACAGGGGACGCUGGCGAGGGCUCCCAAAAACCUCUACGCUCCAGGACUUCCCAGCAAGGACAACAGACUGGGCAAUCUGCAGCACAAUUUCAUCCACUCGUCAGGAUCCAGCCCGAAACACACUGCAACGAUUGAGCGCACCCCCCGCAUGAACAACGCUCAGCUGGCAGCGGGGGGCACCCUGCUCUCCAGUAAACACAACAACACCAAAUCCCAGCCCGCCUUCCACCACUCGUUGCACAACCUGGCUCAGCUGCCCCCCUCCUACGAGAGCGCCACAAAGCCCGAACUCAACAGAUACUCCUCACUCAAGCGCCUCGAAAAAGGUCUGGACGAGUACUCGUCCGGGUACUGCACCACCAAGCGCCGCCCGCACACCGCCCAGCCGGCCCUCCAGUCCUCCCAGCACCACCUCCCCUGGGGCGGGGACUACACCCUCGGCGGGAGGGGCACGCUCCCCAGGCACGCGGCCAGACCUUGGAUUCCGCCGCCGCCCUCUGGCAUGCCGGCUUCGCCCACUCCCAAUCCAUACCCUCUGGACCCCCCCGAGCCCCAGUACAAUCCCAACUACGACACCCUCUCCAAACCACGCAAGGUGAAGUCCACCGACCAGCUCCUCAACAUGGGCGACGUCCCCGGCAACACCGGCACCCUGUCCCGCAUGUCCAAGAACCAGCAGCACCAGUACUACAAAGCCAUGGCCGCCUCUGGUAAGAACUCUAACACGCAGACCCUCACCCGCAAGACCCAGGACAGGCAGGACAGGCAGGACAGGCAGGACAGGCAGGACAGGCAGGACAGGCAGGAACGGUUGCUCAUGUCCCCAGACCACUUGGAGGAGAGGAUGGGCGGCAUGGGGGUUGUCGAUCCGUAUGCCCACACAGGAGGGGGCGGCGUCCCCACCUUGCCACGGCAGCAGAAGGCCCAGUCACAGCAGAACGUGUGUGCCACCCCCUCCCUGGACCGCCACCACAUGAUCAAGAUGAACUCUCACCCGACGUCCGGCAGGGAACAGGAGAGGAACACGGGCGUGAGCGGCCACAUGGGCGGGGGCGUGGGCUGGGCCGGCGGGGAGGUGCCCGGGGGGGCGGGCGUCGUCAUGGGGACGGGAACGCUGGGGGGCCACAGCGCCAGGAGGAUGGCUUUUGCGACCAAGCGGCAGAACACCAUCGAGCAGCUGCACUUCAUCCCGGGAGGGGGCGGCGGGGGGUCCGGGGGCAGCGGCGGGAGCGGCAGUCAGGGGAUCAGGACGGGGAGCAAAAACGAGGUAACAGUGUGAGCGUUUUGAUCGACAGCUAAUAGAAAUAGCGUUAAUAGAGUCGUGUUUAGGCUGUUCUAAUUAGUGUCGUCAAACUAAUACCACCACUUAUGUGAUAGCAUACAGCAGCCAUAUUUUAUAAGUCGUUUUUUGCCAUAUAUAUAAAUAUAUAUAGUGUGUAUAUAUAUAUAUCUAUAUAUAUAUCUAUAUAUAUAUAUAUAAAUAUAAAUACACAGCAGUGCCAUUACUUGCACAGAGUGGUAGGGUGGAACAAAGCAGUACAUGUACAGUAGAGAAAGAAAAAGCACUCAGGAGUCAUAUUAGAUAAGAGAUAUGGAAAUAUAUGAAAGGACUGAUGAAGAGAAGAGAAGAGGAGCACGUGGGAUAUCGUCUCACAGCCGACCAGUCGCCGGCCAGCCCUCGCCUACGGACGUUUUGUUUUGUUACCAAGACGGAGCUCGUGGGUGAGCAGCAAAGACGGAAGCCGUCUGACUGAUUUGUGCUGCGGGAGUGCGGGACUUUUUGGACUUUGCGGCAAAAAGGACUCGGCGCCGCCUACCAGUCUGAUGCCCGGUUGCCUCGUUCGCCCCAUGUGACCUUAGCCUACAGAAAAAGGAGGAGGAGCAAGUCUCCCGGGAAGUCAUAUUUGGGAGCACUUAUGGGCUAGCAAAUAACCAAGAGCCAUGAUUCUACUUAACCACUUGCUUUAACCCAGCAGGCACACGACAUUGGAACAGCGUUGAUACAUUGUUGCAUUAGGUCAUGACGGUGAGCAAAUGUCAACGUUUAUUCACUGUCGGGUUCUGACGUUGAUUGGACCGUUGGAUUUCGGUCGCUUCUCAAAUAAUGCGCCAAAUUUCAACCCUUAAUGAAACUUUGACAUUUGGGCUCUCUACAUUUGACAAAACAGAAUUAGUAAUUAUAAUAAAGUAAUAAUAAUGGUAAAAAUAAAAUUGUCUCGCUUUACGAAAGCAACUAUUUUGCAACGUCGUUUCAACGUCAUGAGUGUUUAUUCAACGUAGUCUCAACGUUGUGUGCCUGCUGGGGAUGUUGUUUGGAAACAUAGCACAAGGUUGCACGGACCAACACCCCCCCCCACCCACACACACACACACACACACACACACACACAUACAACGUCCUUCAAAGCCAUUUUUACCCAGAUACAAAGACAAAGCUGGUCUGACAAUCACCUUUUUUUUGCCGAUUCGACUUUUGUACAGGAAGCCCCAGAAGCCCUUUCCCAAACAUCCUGCUGUAUCAUAACGCAUUUCAGCCAGAGACCAAUAAUAAUCAAUAAUAAUAACAAAGCUUGUCAAUACUAAGGGCUAUGUAGUAUGUGAUAUGCGUGCUCCAUAUACCACAUGAUUACCAUAUGAUUAAUAAUCUCUUGAUUUGGUGUUGAUAUUGUCAUGUGCUACAAACACAGCCCCUCUGAUUUAUUGAUUAAAAAAAAAAAAAAAAGAGGACACACAAUCUUCCUAUACGCAGUGCUAAAUGUAGUUGUUCUCAAUAUGAUGGAGUGUUAUUAUUGAUGAUUAUUCUAAUUGUUAUGGUUAUUAUCAAAGAUUAUGUUAUGGUGUGAUGUUCUUUUUACUUGGUGGGGUUUUAGUGUUUAUUGUUUUUUGGAUAUCCUCAUUAUUUUUAUGGGUUUAUUUUCUAUUUGAUGCAUGCGCGGCUCCAUUCCAACUACUAAGAAGCAUUUCUCUACACGUACUGUGUUGUUCCUAGCUGUAUGUACUGUGCCUAUAUAGACUAUAUAGACAUGGGCCUUAUGGGGUCUUGCUUGGGUUUACACUAAAGUUUAAAAAAAAAAAAAAAAAAAGCUGUAUGUGCCAUAAAAGGAGGUUCGGGGAUGAGUUUUUUCAACUGGUAGAUACGGGGAAAGUCCGUUGCUUGAUUCUUGUCAGUUAAAAACCUGUGAAGGAAUAACAGGCGUGUGUUAUUCAAUCAUGUUUACGGCACAUUUGACAGGGUCUGCUGCACCCUGGACCAUAUUUGUCGUGAUGUCACACCACUUCCACCCUGCUACGCCUUAGUCUCUUGCAAUUGCUCCUCCUGCCAAACCACCACCUCGCCCAACAAAAAUAUAAAAAAAAUAUGCUUAUUAUCUACAAAGUCAUCCACAAAGUCAUAGCUUGAGGUAGGCUUGCACAUGCGUAGCAUAUUUGAGUCAUAUCAUUAUUGCGAUUGCUCCUCCCUCAAGUUAUUAAUGAUAACAGCCACCUUGCACAACAGAAAUAUAUUUUAAAAAAGAUCUAUGUUUAUCCUGUAUAUCCACAAAAUCGUAAGCUAAGACAUGCACAAGCAUGCGUAGCAUAAUGUAGUCAUAUAAUUAUUGCGAUUGCUCCUCCUGCCAGUUAUUAAUAAUAACAGCCACCUUGCACAACAAAGAUAAAUGAAAAGACUCAAAGUAGUCCAUAAAGUCAUAGCCUGAGGUGCACGCACCUACGCACGAGCACAACACAGUCGAGGCACAUCAUUACUGCAAUUGCUACUCCUGCCAGUUAUGAAUCACAACCGCGACCGUGCACCAUUUAAAUAAACAGAAUGACUGUAAAUAAUCCACAUGGUCCAGGGUACGCUCGCUCACGCACGAGCGCCUUCACAGGCAAAGUAGUUUGCUUGUAUAAAUUACGCGAUUGCUCCUCCCAUCAAUUAUGAAUGAUAAACAGCAACGUGCAAAAAAGAAAUAGAUUAAAUGACUCUAAAUAAUCCUAAUCAAGUCAAAACCUGAGGUACACUGACUCAUACUCAUACAUGAGCAGAUAGAUGCAUGUACUUAACAUAACAUUGUCAGUUCUUAUCAUUCGUGCCAUCUGUCCUCCUCAAACUUAAAUUAUUAUUAUUGUUAUUAUGGUAUUUUUCAUAAGAGAGAGUAAAAAAAUGUGGUAAAAAAAAAAAAAGUAAAACCAACCAAGUUAAAGUAACCUCAAAACAUCUUUGGAUCUCUCACUCUUUUUUUUCCAUUUUCUCUUUUUUUUUUUUUGAUGGCCAUCAUUAAUAUUGAAUGAAAUUAUUCAUAUUGACCAUGGUAAUAAAAGUGAUUAAACUUACCACAGAAAUGUACAUGAAAAAAGAUCAAGUUCCAAAAUCUACCAAAAUUGAAAUUAAUUUUUUUUUUUUUUCAAUUUUCAUUUGUAUUUUUUGCAACUUGAUUGAUGUCAUCAAUAUUGAAUGAAAUAAUAUAUAGUGACCAUUACAGGAAAGACUGAUCCACCACAUCAAAGCCUAUGAUACACUGGCUCAUAGAAUCCACAUGAUCUAAGGUACACUUGUUUGUAGAAUGCACAUGAUCCAAGGUACGCUCGCUCGUAGAAUGCAGAUGAUCCAAGGUACGCUCGCUCAUAGAAUCCACAUGAUCCAAGGUACGCUCGCUCAUAGAAUCCACAUGAUCCAAGGUACACUGGCACAUAGAAUCCACCUGAUCCAAGGUAGGCUUGCUCAUAGAAUCCACAUGAUCUAGGGUACGCUUGUUCAUAGAAUCCACAUGAUCCAAGGUACACUGGCUCAUAGAAUCCACAUGAUCUAAGGUACACUUGUUCAUAGAAUCCACAUGAUCCAAUGUUCACUGGCACAUAGAAUCCACAUGAUCCAAGGUACACUGGCACAUAGAAUCCACAUGAUCCAAUGUUCACUGGCACAUAGAAUCCACAUGAUCCAAGGUACACUGGCUCAUAGAAUCCACAUGAUCUAAGGUACACUUGUUCAUAGAAUCCACAUGAUCCAAGGUACACUGGCACAUAGAAUCCACCUGAUCCAAUGUAGGCUUGCUCAUAGAAUCCACCUGAUCUAGGGUACGCUUGUUCAUAGAAUCCUCAUGAUCCAAGGUACACUGGCUCAUAGAAUCCACAUGAUCUAAGGUACACUUGUUCAUAGAAUCCACAUGAUCUAGGGUACACUUGUUCAUAGAAACCACAUGAUCCAAUGUACACUGGCACAUAGAAUCCACAUGAUCCAAGGUACGCUCGCUCAUAGAAUCCACAUGAUCCAAGGUACACUGGCACAUAGAAUCCACAUGAUCCAAGGUACGCUUGCUCAUAGAAUCCACAUGAUCCAAUGUACACUGGCACAUAGAAUCCACAUGAUCCAGGGUACGCUUGCUCAUAGAAUCCACAUGAUCCAAGGUACACUGGCACAUAGAAUCCACAUGAUUCAAGGUACACUGGCUCAUAGAAUCCACCUGAUCCAAGGUAGGCUUGCUCAUAGAAUCCACAUGAUCUAGGGUACGCUUGUUCAUAGAAUCCACAUGAUCCAAGGUACGCUCGCUCAUAGAAUCCACAUGAUCCAAGGUACACUGGCACAUAGAAUCCACCUGAUCCAAGGUAGGCUUGCUCAUAGAAUCCACAUGAUCUAGGGUACGCUUGUUCAUAGAAUCCACAUAAUCCAAGGUACACUGGCACAUAGAAUCUACAUGAUCUAGGGUACGCUUGUUCAUAGAAUCCACAUGAUCUAGGGUACACUUGUUCAUAGAAACCACAUUAUCCAAUGUACACUGGCACAUAGAAUCCACAUGAUCCAAGGUACGCUCGCUCAUAGAAUCCACGUGAUCCAAGGUACGCUUGCUCAUAGAAUCCACAUGAUCCAAUGUACACUGGCACAUAGAAUCCACAUGUUCCAGGGUACGCUUGCUCAUAGAAUCCACAUGAUCUAAGGUACGCUCGCUCAUAGAAUCCACAUGAUCCAAGGUACACUGGCACAUAGAAUCCACAUGAUCCAAGGUACACUGGCACAUAGAAUCCACACGAUCUAGGGUACACUUGUUCAUAGAAUCCACAUGAUCCAAGGUACACUGGCACAUAGAAUCCACACAAUCUAGGGUACACUUGUUCAUAGAAUCCACAUGAUCUAGGGUACACUUGUUCAUAGAAACCACAUUAUCCAAUGUACACUGGCACAUAGAAUCCACAUGAUCCAAGGUACGCUCGCUCAUAGAAUCCACGUGAUCUAAGGUACGCUUGCUCAUAGAAUCCACAUGAUCCAAUGUACACUGGCACAUAGAAUCCACAUGAUCCAAGGUACACUGGCACAUAGAAUCCACCUGAUCCAAUGUAGGCUUGCUCAUAGAAUCCAAAUGAUCUAGGGUACGCUUGUUCAUAGAAUCCUCAUGAUCCAAGGUACACUGGCUCAUAGAAUCCACAUGAUCUAAGGUACACUUGUUCAUAGAAUCCACAUGAUCUAGGGUACACUUGUUCAUAGAAACCACAUGAUCCAAUGUACACUGGCACAUAGAAUCCACAUGAUCCAAGGUACACUGGCACAUAGAAUCCACAUGAUCCAAGGUACGCUUGCUCAUAGAAUCCACAUGAUCCAAUGUACACUGGCACAUAGAAUCCACAUGAUCCAGGGUACGCUUGCUCAUAGAAUCCACAUGAUCCAAGGUACACUGGCACAUAGAAUUCACAUGAUUCAAGGUACACUGGCACAUAGAAUCCACCUGAUCCAAGGUAGGCUUGCUCAUAGAAUCCACAUGAUCUAGGGUACGCUUGUUCAUAGAAUCCACAUGAUCCAAAGUACGCUCACUCGUAGAAUCCACAUGAUCCAAGGUACACUGGCACAUAGAAUCCACCUGAUCCAAGGUAGGCUUGCUCAUAGAAUCCACAUGAUCUAGGGUACGCUUGUUCAUAGAAUCCACAUGAUCUAGGGUACACUUGUUCAUAGAAACCACAUUAUCCAAUGUACACUGGCACAUAGAAUCCACAUGAUCCAAGGUACGCUCGCUCAUAGAAUCCACGUGAUCCAAGGUACGCUUGCUCAUAGAAUCCACAUGAUCCAAUGUACACUGGCACAUAGAAUCCACAUGAUCCAGGGUACGCUUGCUCAUAGAAUCCACAUGAUCCAAGGUACGCUCGCUCAUAGAAUCCACAUGAUCCAAGGUACACUGGCACAUAGAAUCCACAUGAUCCAAGGUACGCUUGCUCAUAGAAUCCACAUGAUCCAAUGUACACUGGCACAUAGAAUCCACAUGAUCCAAGGUACGCUUGCUCAUAGAAUCCACAUGAUCUAGGGUACGCUCGCUCAUAGAAUCCAAAUGAUCCAAGGUAGACUGGCACAUAGAAUCCACAUGAUCCAAGGUAGGCUUGCUCAUAGAAUCCACAUGAUCCAAGGUACACUGGCACAUAGAAUCCACAUGAUCCAAGGUACGCUUGCUCAUAGAAUCCACAUGAUCCAAGGUACGCUCGCUCAUAGAAUCCACAUGAUCCAAGGUAGACUGGCACAUAGAAUCCACAUGAUCCAAGGUAGGCUUGGUCAUAGAAUCCACAUGAUCUAGGGUACACUUGUUCAUAGAAUCCACAUGAUCGAAGGUACACUGGCACAUAGAAUCCACAUGAUCUAGGGUACGCUUGCUCAUAGAAUCCACAUGCUCUAGGGUACACUUGUUCAUAGAAUCCACAUGAUCAAAGGUACACUGGCACAUAGAAUCCACAUGAUCCAAAGUACACUCGUUCAUAGAAUCCACAUGAUCCAAGGUACACUGGCACAAAGAAUCCACAUGGUCCAAGGUACACUGGCACAAAGAAUCCACAUGAUCCAAGGUACGCUUGCUCAUAGAAUCCACAUGAUCCAAGGUAGGCUCGCUCAUAGAAUCCAUGUGAUCCAAGGUACGCUCGCUCAUAGAAUCCAUAUGAUCCACGGUACGCUUGCUCAUAGAAUCCACAUGAUCUAGAGUACGCUUGUUCAUAGAAUCCACAUGAUCCAAGGUACGCUUGCUCAUAGAAUCCACAUGAUCUAAGGUACGCUGCCUCAUAGAAUCCCCACAUGAUCAAAGGUACACUUGUUCAUACAAUUCACAUGAUCCAACGUACACUGUUUCAUAGAAUCCACAUGAUCUAAGAUACACUUGUUCAUAGAAUUCACAUGAUCCAAGGUACACUGGAACAUAGAAUCCACAUGAUCCACGAUACAUUUGAUCAUAGAAUCCACAUGAUCCAAGGUACACUGGAACAUAGAAUCCACAUGAUCCACGGUACGUUUGAUCAUAGAAUCCACAUGAUCCAAGGUACGCUCGCUCAUAGAAUCCACAUGAUCCAAGGUAGGCUUGCUCAUAGAAUCCACAUGAUCUAGAGUACGCUUGUUCAUAGAAUCCACAUGGUCCAAGGUACACUGGCACAUAGAAUCUACAUGAUCUAGGGUACGCUUGCUCAUAGAAUCCACAUGAUCUAGGGUACACUUGUUCAUAGAAUCCACAUGAUCCAAGGUACACUGGCACAUAGAAUCCACAUGAUCCAAGCUACACUCGUUCAUAAAAUUCACCUGACCUAAGGUACACUGGCACAUAGAAUCCACAUGAUCCAAGGUAUGCUUGUUCAUAGAAUCCACAUGAUCCAAGGUACACUGGCACAUAGAAUCCACAUGAUCCAAGCUACACUCGUUCAUAGAAUCCACCUGACCUAAGGUACACUGGCACAUAGAAUCCACAUGAUCCAAGGUAUGCUUGUUCAUAGAAUCCACAUGAUCCAAGGUACGCUCACUCAUAAAAUCCACAUGAUCCAAGGUACACUAGCACAUAGAAUCCACAUGAUCUAGGGUACGCUUGUUCAUAGAAUCCACAUGAUCCAAGGUACGCUGCCUCAUAGAAUCCACAUGAUCUAAGGUACACUCGUUCAUAGAAUCCACAUGAUCCAACGUAUGCUCGUUCAUAGAAUCCACAUGAUCCAAGGUACGCUUGUUUAUAGAAUCCACAUGAUCCAAGGUACGCUUG